AUGGCUCUCAUCUUUGGUAAGGUCGACGACGGCGGGGACUACUACGCGUGCUUCAAGGGCGGCCGGUCUGCGCUGAUUGCGAGCGGCCUCCGUGUGGCGGAGCAAGAGACUGGGCUGCGUAUCCGGCAAAAUAUUUGCAUCUCAUCAAAGGAGCAGCUUGGUCAUCAGCCACCUUGGGCGGCAGACCGGGAUUACCUCUUGACUGGCGUGACCCUAGCUCUGACUUGGGAGGCGCUUCGAGAUGUGGUCCUUUUCAUGCCGCUGCCCCGGAGCUCAAUGAUCAGCGCGUCCUCCUCGGGGGACCACCUGUCUGUUUCUUCGCCGGCGGCUCGGACGUGUGCAACCCUGCGCUUCCCACCACCGCUCUUGGGACGCGAGCCUAUCCUCGAGCUUGGUGUCGGCCCGGAAAUGCUCAGCGCCCUCACCCCAGCUCCACCCCGAGCACCGAAGCCGGGAGACAAGGGGCUUGCUGCUACGGAAAACGGGGCCGGCGACGGGCCGCUAGAAAGUGCCGUCAACGCUGCAAGUCUGGUACAGUACUCGAUGGUGGCUUCCGGGUAG